AUGGACACCAUGAAUUGGACUCCCAGCCUCAGCACUAUCGGCCUCGCAGCCCUGUCCUACGUCGCCUACAAACUCACCCGCCAAGUAACCGUCUACCUCCUCCCCAGCAAACUACCACGCUACAACCGCACCGGCAACAACUGGGCCCUCGUAACGGGUGCCACGGACGGAAUCGGCUUCGGCUUUUGCGAAGAGCUCUGUUCUCGCGGCUUCAACGUGAUCCUACACGGGCGCAACCCCGAGAAACUCGCCAAACGCGCGCAAGAACUCACCGCCGCCUUUCCAGACCGCAAGAUAGACACCAUCGUCCUGGACGUGGUCGGGGUAGACAAGGCCGUCGACAAUGUCGCGCAACACGUGCGCGAUAUCACUGGCAACAACGGCAGACUCGGCGUUUUGAUCAACAAUGUGGGCGGGGAGUUAAGACCGUCCGUGACACUUGAUACAUUGACAUUUUCCGAGGUCAACGAGACAAUUGACAAGAAUGCGCGGUUUAUGACGCAGAUCACGCGGGUGCUACUCCCACUGUUAUCAGAGGGGCCGGGUCGGACCGGACUUGUCAUGAAUGUUUCGUCUCUUUCUCAGUGGGGGCUGCCAUAUAUCAGUGUCUAUUCUGCGACAAAGGGAUUCGUGGACUCCUUUACGCGGGCGCUGGAAGCAGAAUGCAAUGCUGAGAAGCGCGGUGUGGAGGUGAUGGCUCUGCGGGUUGGUCAAGUCAAGACUGCCGGGUAUGAUAUUGAUAGUAAUCUGUUUGUUCCGUCGCCGCAACCCUUUGCCAAGGCUGCGUUAGACCGGGUUGGAUGUGGCGAGGUUAUUGUGUGGGCGUAUUUCUGGCAUUGGCUGCAAGGGAUAUCCUUUGAGAUUUUGCCGCGGUGGAUCUUGAUGCGUGCUACCGUUGCAAAGAUGCUGGAGAUCAAGAAAAAUGAGGAAGAGAAGGCGCUCAAGAGGCAAUGA